AUGUACUAUCCCACUUGUCCUGCAGGAAAAUUACUCAAAGCUGCAGUAGCUGCUAUCCUCAUAGUAUUCUUGAUCGCAGUUUACGAAACCAACAAUAAACAUCAUAAUGGUCUUCUAAGCUGGAUACAGCCAUUUUUCAAAACAGAAUACGAAAAUAGCAGUACCACUGAAUACCUGGAUACUGGCAAACAGGCAGCAGACAAACUGAAGCUUAUUCCCAACAAUAGCAGUGAUAUUUCGGAAGCGUAUCGGAACAAAUGGAUAGGUUUUCCAGAAAUAUAUGGAAGAGACUGUCCAACGGCGUUAAAAACAAAAGUCAAUACCAGCAUAUUUCCUUCCGAAGUGAAGCGGACUCACCCAAUAGAUAUCAUCGCCGAUGCCUCGGAUUGUAAAUCUUUCAUCGAGAAGUAUGGCUACAACAGGUAUCCGGCAGCCUCGCAGGAAGAGCUCGACUUCCCCAUUGCUUUCAUCAUUCUCUUUUACUCGGAUCUUGAUCAGGCGCUCUAUUUGCUACGUUCACUGUACCAUCAGCACAACGUCUACUGCCUGAGCGUGGACACCAUUGUGAGCGUAGACUUUCUGCAGGCUGUAAAGUCAGUUGCCAAAUGCCUACCCAACGUGUUCGUGGCCAGCAAGCUGGAGCAUGUGGUCUAUGCUGGAUUCUCCAGAUUACAGUCGGAUAUAACUUGUAUGGAAGAUCUACUGAAGCAUCCUGUGCAAUGGAAAUACGUCAUUAAUAUGCCGGGCCAAGAGUUUCCUCUUAGAACAAACCUUGAAAUGGUCAAGAUUUUAAAGAUAUUCAACGGUGCUAAUGAUAUACAAGGUGUCUAUGGAGGGCUUGCAUUUCCUGAUUGGCACACGAUCAAAUAUGAUUAUUAUACAAACAAACAAACAGGUAAAAAAGUCAUAUAUCGCACCGGAAAGAAACACCCGCCCCCUCCACACAACAUAACUGUGGCGAAAGGUAGCGCCUAUGGGACAUAUUCCAGGGCGUUUGUCCAGUUUGUCAUCCACGAUCCAGUAGCCAAAGAUCUGCUACAGUGGGCAAAAGAAAUCUAUAGUCCAGACGAGUUCUACUGGGCCACAUUACACCACAGCAAUGCGGUUGCAGUUCCUGGUGGUUACACAGCAGGAAAACCAGACUGGAAGCCAUGGUUGACGACCUAUGUGUCCUGGUCACUGAAAGGCCAACCAUGUGCAACAAUCCACACGCGCUAUAUUUGCAUCUUCGCUAUCGGCGAUCUUCCAGAUCUGAUGCAGAGAUACGAACUGUUUGCCAACAAGUUUUACAUCACACACCAACCUGCUGCUCUCCAUUGCUUAGACGAACUCUUGUUCAAUCUCACUUUCACCAGAUCUACGCGCAACCUGACCUACUACAACAGUCUUCCGUUCAUUUUAAAAGGCAAUGUGAGUGUUUACUAA